AUGAAGCACCUUGCUGCGUACCUCCUCCUCGGCCUGGGUGGCAACACCUCGCCCUCGGCCGCUGACAUCAAGGCCGUCCUCGAGUCCGUCGGCAUUGAGGCUGACGACGAGCGCCUUGACAAGCUCAUCUCCGAGCUUGACGGCAAGGACAUCAACGAGCUCAUCUCUGAGGGUUCUACCAAGCUCGCCUCCGUACCGUCGGGCGGUGCUGGCGGUGCUGCCGCUGCCGGCGGUGCUGCUGCUGGUGGUGCUGCCGAGGAGGCCCCCAAGGAGGAGGCCAAGGAGGAGGAGAAGGAGGAGUCCGACGACGACAUGGGCUUCGGUCUCUUCGACUAA